CUGCUGCUGGCUUUGGCUGUGUCUGUGAGCGUGGGGUGAGUGUGAGGGAUGGAGGCUGACAGGAUUCAUCUUGAGCAGGCCUCCCCUCCCCUCAUCCCUUCAUCCUCCCGGCGAUGCGCUGUGCGUUAUGACGCCAGGCCGUUUGACGAGCGCAUUACGUGGGGCUGUCAGAGCAGCACAGCAGCCGCGUUAUGUAAUGCAUCGGGUGUUGCUGCACGGAUCUCAAGAUCAGGAGGAAAAACUGACGGAUGGCUGAUUUGGUAACAAAUAACCGCGUGCUGGCGUUUGACCGAGCUUACAACUACAAUGCUAACUGUAAACUGUAGGAGUGCGGUGUAAUAGAGCCUGACUGGGGCAUCGGUGCCCAUCCCUGAGGUGCACAGACGUCUGGAGCCUGCAGAAGCUGCACAUCUUUUUUUUUUUUUUUUUUUUUAGCCGGCCGCUGGCGCGUCUCUGUUCAACGUCUUCUCUUAUCUCAGUGGAAAUAAACCAAUGCGGGUUUGGUUGAGGGAAGAAACAACAUCGUUUUCUGUCCUUUAUUGCGCUGGUUUGAGCCAACAGCCGCUGAGCUGUGGUAUAAACAAUGGCGGGUCCCGAGCAGUCCCAGCAGCAGCAGCAGGUAGAGGAGAAGGCAGAGCACAUAGAUGAUGCUGAAAUGGCUCUGCAAGGCAUUAACAUGCUGCUCAACAACGGCUUCAAGGAAAGCGACGAGCUGUUCAGGAGAUACAGGAGCCAGAGCCCAUUGAUGAGCUUUGGGGCCAGUUUUGUCAGCUUUCUGAAUGCCAUGAUGACAUUUGAGGAGGAGAAGAUGCAGACUGCCUGUGAUGAUCUGAGGACCACUGAGAAACUGUGUGAGAGCGACAGCGCUGGAGUCAUAGAGACAAUCAGGAACAAGAUUAAAAAGAGUAUGGACUCUCAACGGUCCGGCGUUGUUGUCGUGGACCGCCUGCAGAGACAGAUAAUAGUCGCCGACUGCCAAGUAUACCUCGCUGUGCUCUCUUUUGUCAAACAGGAACUCUCAGCGUAUAUCAAAGGAGGCUGGAUUCUCCGUAAGGCUUGGAAAAUGUACAAUAAGUGCCACAGCGACAUCAGCCAGCUGCAGGAGGCCUAUCAGCGGAGGUCCUCUGGGAGCCAGGACUCCCUCUCAGCAGACAACGCCAACCACAAUACACCCGUGGAGAAUGGUGUCACAGCCGAAGCCCUGGACCGCCUCAAGGGCUCAGUCAGCUUCGGCUACGGCCUCUUCCACCUGUGCAUCUCCAUGGUACCGCCACACCUGCUCAAGAUUAUCAACCUGCUGGGUUUCCCUGGGGACCGACUCCAGGGCCUCUCCUCCCUUAUGUAUGCAAGCGAGAGCAAGGACAUGAAGGCCCCUCUAGCUACGUUGGCCCUCUUGUGGUACCACACUGUAGUGCUGCCUUUCUUUGCUCUGGAGGGCUCGGAUACGCAUGCAGGGCUGCUGGAAGCUAAAGCUAUUCUGCAGAGAAAGUCGGUGGUUUACCCCAACUCCUCUCUCUUCAUGUUCUUUAAAGGACGAGUCCAAAGGCUAGAGUGCCAUAUCAACAGUGCUUUGGCCUGUUUCCAUGAUGCAUUAGAACUUGCAUCAGACCAAAGAGAGAUCCAGCAUGUGUGUCUCUAUGAGAUUGGCUGGUGUAGCAUGAUAGAGCUGAACUUUGAGGAUGCAUACAGGGCAUUCGAAAGACUGAAGAAUGAGUCUCGCUGGUCACAGUGCUACUAUGCUUAUUUGACUGGAGUGUGUCAGGGUGCUUCAGGAGACCUGGAUGGAGCAAGUGGAGUUUUCAAAGACGUGCAGAAGCUCUUCAAGAGAAAAAACAACCAGAUUGAGCAGUUUGCUGUAAAAAGGGCUGAGAGACUGAGAAAGAUGUCGCCCUCCAGAGAGCUAUGCAUUCUUGGCGUAAUUGAAGUUGUUUAUCUGUGGAAAGCACUGCAGAACUGCUCCUCAUCUAAACUGCAGAUAAUGAAUCAGGUGUUGCAGACUAUAGAUGACACUUCGUGCAGAGGCCUGAAACACCUCCUUCUCGGUGCCAUUCAUAAAUGUCAUGGAAAUAUGAGAGACGCUGUUCAGUCAUUCCAGCUGGCUGCUAGAGAUGAGUACGGACGACAGAUCAACUCAUACGUUCAGCCGUAUGCCGUCUAUGAGCUGGGAUGUGUACUCCUUGCAAAGCCAGAGACAGUGGGAAAAGGCAGAUCACUGCUACUUCAAGCAAAGGAGGAUUUUACAGGCUACGACUUUGAGAACCGGCUUCAUGUUCGCAUCCAUUCAGCCCUGGCCUCUUUGAAGGAAGUAGUGCCUGUGUGACUCCAGACAACUACGAGCAUCAGUGGCUGAAUUUUUAAGCUGUUCAGAGUAACUGUUUGAUGUCUUAGUGAAGGAUUUGGGGAAAUACAUGUUUGUUACCCCACCCAGUCAGACUGACAACCAAGUGUCAUCUCAAAAAUAGCUAGUGUGGCUAUUACUAGCAGGCUUAAAACUAUGCCGAAAGUUUUCAAAGUUAUACUUUUAUAGAUGUAUAUUGUUAGCCAGCAAGUUAGCCACCAAAAACUAUGUUGUUGCUGCAUGGUGCAAGAAAUAUUAAAAACUUUAGGGCAGAUUUUUUUCAUUGUAUGAUGAGGUGAAUUAUAGACAUCAAGCUAAAAUCUAAAUCAGAAAAUCGGGGAGCUUUACGAAUGUGUUUCUUUUAGUUUACGUCCAGCUACGAUAGCUGUUUUCACCUCUAACGCAUCCAUGUCCUGUUUCUGGAUAUGAUCCACGUAGAUGAAACUAAACGAGUCCUUAUCCCUGGGGAAAAAUAACAAACAAACUCACUUCCUCCAAUCUUUAACUGUUCCUUUAAGUGUUUUUCUCAUGCAUAUGUGUAAGCUAGCUUGUAACAGUUUUCCUCAUUAACUUGUGUAUUUGGAUGACUUUAAUGAAGCCUCUCCCUUCAGUGAGCAGUUUACUCAGCACACAAACUCUUAAUGAGAGUGAAAUUCCCUCAGUAAUAGUUUUAAAAUGGAUAAGAUACAGUUAAUAUUGCUUUUACAUUUGUGCCAUCUCACUCCAACUAUAAAAAAAGAAAAUGCUAAAUUAAAGCCAGUUUUUUUUUUUUUUUACCACAUAACAUAUUGUGAACAGGAAUGAGUAAAACGUAAUAUUUGAUACAUCUAACAUAUUCUUAAACAGACAGAUGACAAAUUAAUGGAAAGAGCAGUGGUGUUUCUAUCGUGUCACCUUUCGGAAACAAUUUUUUAAAUCAGCAGUUUUGAAUAAAAAAAGCAACUAAGCUGAAUUUUAGUAACAGACAGUUCAGCACUAUGACAUCAGCAAACUCUUGUUUGUUUCCCUACAUAAACCUGGUUUCACUUUCAACCUCGGCCUCUAUGCGGUUAUGUGCCUCUCAAGUGGGGCCCGAGGGGAUCCAAGAGAUCUGUUAUGCUGUGGGGGGUUAUUUUGAUGUCUUGGUUUUGAUUCACUUGUCCUCUUAGAGAUAUGAAUCACUGCAACUACUUCAAAAAACUGCUCAAAUAAACCCUAGAUUUUUGCAUUUCAGUACGGCUUUAUCCUAUAAUGAAACAGUUUAAUCCUUAAAGGCGAUUCCAGGAUGACAGUGCCUCCGUCUAUAAGACAUGAGGGUUACAGAGUUGAUGGAUAAGUACAAAUGCUAUUCGAAUCCCAUCGUAUGGCCUCAUUAAUUACUAAUAUUGUCUUUUCCUUUAAUUUGUCACCUGUCUGUAAAUUAUUAAAUAGCUUGCUAAUGUUUCACCUGUCACUUCAGUGUUAAAAUCAUGCUUUUGGUGACUAAAUCUUAGUAAUCUGCCCGUGGACUUUGAACAAAAUGGACACUGAAACAAGUCAUACCGUAUCACACAGUUUCAUUACUAUUCACAGUGGAAAUAAACUAGCAAACUAACAUGGGAAUAGUUAAAUAAUGUCACUGGUCACCUAAUCUUACAGCGGCUCGAGUAGCUGGACCUUUAACAAAUGAGACGACCACACUUCACAAUGCCCUCAUGGUGUUGCUAUGUGAAGACAUUGGGCGUGGCUCCUGUGCACUAUGCAUGGCAUGGCAGGGUAACAGUGGCUUUAAGACUGUACUGAAGUCAAAUGUACCUGUGUGUCCAGUCCUGCAUAUAUAUAUAUGAAGGUAUUAUAAUACAGUACCUUCAGUGCUGUCAUGUUACCUCUUGAAAGGUGCUGCUAAAUGUCAGCGCAAUAAACAUAUAUUACUAGUGACUUCCUUUGUUAGUGUUUUAGUGAUUGAAGCUUUUGAAUUAGUUCUUAAUAGUGGCAAGUUUAUAUAUUACAUAAGAGGAGGUGCACUUUUUACAAGCAGUAUUUAUGCUGUUUUUAGUUUGACUGCUGUGAUGGCCGGCGUUAGCAGCUGAACUGACUCAGUAUGAUCUUGUAUUGGACAAAGAACAUUGGUGAGAGUGGUUUUGACAACCUUUUUAACCAGUUUGACACUGUACAUAUGAAAACUUCUGUGCAGAGAACUGCCUUUUAUGAACAAGCACUCUGAGGCUUUUGUUAUCCGAGCAAUACAAGCAAAUGAAGGGUAUCAUAUAGUCAUUUAAAAAGGCUUUCCACACUGACCCUGUGUUUUUCAUCACAUCACAUUGUAAAAUUAAAGGUUUAUUUUGCUGACAUAUCUGGUAAGACAGUGCUAGUCAUCCCUUGUGGCUGUGAUGGAUAUAACAUGUGGUAAAUGUUGAGCAGUUGAAUGCACCCAGUACUUCUGUCACCGAAAGAUUUCCUUUUGUCACGAGAUUAUGUUGGAAUUAAAGUUACAAGUCAGGAUGAUGGUGUUCCAAUGUGUCACUGAACAAUAAACUGUUCUCCAUUAAUCCAGGUAAA